GAAGAUAAAAUCAAAGCGGUGAAAUCAUGUAGUUUUAUUACGGUGUCUAUAUAUUUUGAUUUUUACAUGCAGGAAGUAUAUGCUUUUAGCUGGGUCCACUUUGCCGCAAUGGAAUGUCACCUUCCUCGUUUGCAACCGGAAUUAGCCAUAUCGUCUCGGUUCAGAUAGUAGUUGAUCGAAGAAAAAACGCGUCACAACAAAACAUGUUUGCCCCACUUCGGAAAUAUGUCAAGAAAACAAGAUAAGGAAAACCUCUGCUGACCUUGACCUUUCGUAAAUUGACCAUGAACUACCAGAAGGCAUAUAUGAACCAGAUCUUCUCCAGCUCCCUGAUGGGGCAGGUGGCGGAAAUGUGGAGGAACCAGCUCCUGUGUGAUGCCGUCAUCAAAACGGGGAACACAGACACCAAGGCCCAUAGACUGGUGUUGGUGGCUGCUUGUCCCAUGCUACAGACAAUGGAGAACGCUGCAAUUGGUUCAAAUCUAGAAGUCAGACUCUCCGCAGAAAUCAAACAGGAAUCAGUCCAAACCUUCCUAAAGUAUUUGUAUGAGGGUUUUAUGAUGCUCACAGGGGACAAUUACAAAGAUGUAGAAAAAAUAGCAAAAAUUUUACAAGUAGAGAGUGUUGUGCGUUGCUGUGCUGAUUUUAGCAAGUGCCUUGGUGAAAAAACAGGUUUACCCUGUGAGAAAAGAUUUAAAGUAAAAGAGAGCCCAGAAUCGGUUUAUGUUAGAUCGUCAGAUCUCUUAAAAGUACAGGAAACUGUAAAAAGGCAUUCAGAGGGGGAGACGGUGUCACCAGAGGGAGAAAAUAAACGACAGAAAAUGAACAGACCCACCCCACCCCCACCUCUCCUCCUACCCAUGCACAACAUAGCAAGCAAUGAGAGGUUGUCCCACACUACGGACAUGGCCAGGAAUUCGGAGACGGACAGAUCUUUUGGAGUCAUGGAGGCUGAUUAUUCUCCCCAGGCCAUUCAGACCCUCAGGUCAUCUACAAGUGAAAUGGAAAUCAUGAAGGAUAGUAUCGAAAUUGUACACCGUGAACCUCCCGAUCCUAAUAAUAUCAGCCAAUCAGAGCCUCCCAUACAACAGACUAUGGCUCUCUCAGUGGCCAGUAGAAUUACAAGUGAUCAUGAUGCACAAGUUGUUAAUAUGACAAAUAUUCUACCUCAUUCCAGGGCAUCCUCUUCACAGAAUCUUCACACUAUAGGCUCACUACAUUCCACCUCACGUAAACAAGAGGCAGCUCAUUCCACAGACUCCGCACCCAGGACCCCCGAAACUCACAAAAAUCACGAUCGACGACACCUCCUAACGGGAGAGACACAUUCCAGAUAUCAUCCUCAUCAUCAUCGACAGAAUUCUCACGAGAUGCCUCUCCGGAAACAGGAUUCCUAUCCAUCUAACCUACCCUCCAGCGAGAUACUAGGGACCAGUUUACAUGACCUGAGCUCUAAGUCGGUAUCAUCCUCCUCCCUUUCCUCUCCACAGCCUUCAUCCUCAUACAGACCACCCAUUCCCCAUCGACAGCCCUCUGCAGCACAGAUGCAAAAAUCUUUCAUGCAGCCCAUUUUCAAGCCGGGCCUGUUUGAUGGGCGACCAUUUCCAGGCAUUCCACUAGGACCUCUACGACAGAUGGCGGGAGCAAUGCUGCCCACUUCCCUAGCUCCCCCUCCUCAUAUGUCAUACCACAUGGAGGACCCCAGCAAGGACGUGGGUAGUACCUCAUCUGUACCCAGCUCCCCAUGUACCCCAAGCGCCCCUGAUCUUUCUGUAAUAAAAAGUGAAGAACCACAAGAGAAUGAGGAGCUGCAUAUUGACAUUCCAGAGGAGAGCACUUCAGGAACCACAACUCCGUACAAUAACACUGAAGAAGAGCCCCCUGGUGAUGACAGCAGUAAUGCAGGGAGUGAAGGGGGAUCACUCUGGCAAGACAACUCUGUCAAAGAUGAUGAGUCAGACUCAGUGGGCGUAGUUGAUCUCUGUGGAGUGGACUCGAGCGAGUUAACUUGUCGAUACUGUUUCGCUCAAUUCUCAGACCAUUCUGCCAUCAUGGCCCACUUUUCUUCUGUCAGUAAUCAUGAUUUCUGUAAAAUCUGUCCCCAGUGUUACAAAGGAUUCAAGUCUAGCAAAGGUUACCGUAACCACCAGAAAAUGCAACACACGGAUGCUGUUGGCUGCCCGUCAUGUGACAUUUGUGGGAAGCGAUUUCCUGCCCUCACCCAUGCUGUUCACGACGUUUAUCACCUGUGGGAGUUCAUUCGGGACCUUUUACACGACCCUAAGUACUGCCCUCGGCUAAUUCGCUGGGAGAAUGCUGACGACGGAGUGUUCCGAGUGGUCGACUCAGCGGAGGUUGCGAGUCUCUGGGGCAAAACGAAGAAAUCGACCAAAAUGACUUACGAAUAUAUGAGCCGCUCACUCAGGUACUGUAGGACUCUGGGCUAUUUUGCUGAUCUGCCAAAAAAUGCAGGUUAUCCCAAGAAGUUGUGCUUCAAAUUCGGUCCCAAGGCCCAUGGAUGGCACCCCAAGACAGAGCACAAGGAGCAGGAAGUGGAGCCACCAGCGCCACCUAGCUGGAUCACCAUGAAAACUUCCCAAAAGGAUGACGAGCCGAUGAACUUAGUCACACGUAAGGCCAGUGAUCAGACGGGGAAUCUGAGCAGGUCGACAUCGGGGGAGAACGUGUUCUCCUCCCACACCGUGAGUGAACAUUCCAGGAUUGUGGGGGAACAUUUCGCUGCAGCGGCAGCCUCUAUAGAACAGAGAAUGAGAGAACAGCAAAAGUCUGUAGACGAUUCAGAUCCCUCUGUGGGAAUCUCUAUUUUUUACCUUUUAGGCCACCUGACCAUUGAUGACGUAAACUUUACUUUGGUCAAGAGGUUCUGGUGGAACAUAGCGUUUUGUUUACUCUGUCUAGUUUUUGGAAUUAUCGGGAAUUCUAUAGUGAUCCUUGUGUACCACACCAAGUUAAAGUCCAAGAUAGAAGAACGAUUCUUCAUUCCUAUAUUGGCUUUCCUUGAUCUCUUAGCAUGCAUAAUGGUGUCCAGUAUUAUGUUAGCUAAAUCUUUUUAUCCCGUCAAGUUUCAGGACGAAUAUGCAUGCAGUUCCUUGACAUAUUUUGGAUUUUCUACGUCUUCGAUGGCUUUAUUUAUGCUAGCUAUUAUAGCGUAUCACAGAUUCCAGAAGAUCGUCCGACCUUUUGGAUACCAAAUGAGCCUCAGAGUCAAACAGUACACCAUUCUCAUUGUUGGAACCAUAUCAUACAUAUUAUUCUCCCCUGUUUUCUAUGUUUACGGAAUUAAAGAAAUCAAGAACCCACAAACAAAUAUCACGUAUUAUACUUGCUCAGCGCCUUCCAAGGGAACGUCGAAACAAGCCAUGUUUGUCUUUCAAGGUAUUCUAAUUUGUAUUUAUUUAAUAUCUAUAGUUUCUAUGGCCAUCAUGUAUUUUUAUGUGGCGAAGACUCUGCGGAUAAGAAUAAAAGCUUCUAGAAAGCGAAAAGAAAUCCAUAGUUCCCAGACUCUAAAUAGCACCGUGAUUGUUCGGAUGGACGGAUGUACAAAGACAAACGGCGCCGAGACCAUGUCCAAAGAACAACAGAUACAGCAACUGAUAAAGGCGCCAAAUAUCUCGGACACUUACGACACGCUACAGCUGCGACGGAAGAGCUGCCACAAACGGAAGGGUCACUUCUCUCUCUACAGGUACUCCUACAUCUUCAUGAUUAUCACCAUCAAGGCCAUUCUGUCGUACGUGAUUCCGUGGAUUCUGGUGAUCGUGAAGAGUAACGAUUCGUCUCCGUGGACGGAACUGAACCAGCGUUUGCUGAUCCUGAGGUACCUCUACAUACUCAGUCACAUUACUAACCCCGUUAUAUACGGACUCAUGGAUAAAACCUUCCGUAAGCAACUUACAAUGGCCGUCUGCGAAAACCGCUCUCAACAGUAUAUAAUGAACGGUAGUGGAAGCAACUGAGAGUAAUGACAAAACAGUUGAAGAAUUUACUGUUUCUACUUAGUAUUAAAUACUAGUCAUGGCAGGGAUGAAUUAGUGCUAGAGGACCAAUGUUCAAAGGAGGUCUUUGUCAUUAACUAAAAAUAUCACUUGGAAUGGUAGUGGAAGCAACUGAAGUAAUGGCAAAACAAUUGGACAAGUUUUUACAGUGUCUUCGUAGUACUACUGUAUUACGUACUAGUACGUGAUAGUGAUGAUACAGCGCGAUGAGGGGCGAUGACCAGAGAAGGAAGCUAUUCAUUUGUCAUUCUCAUCAGCUAAAAAUAUCACUUGACUCAGAUCAUGACGAGACAAAAGAGGAGAGAGAGAAGACAAAUAGCGAGAGAAAGAGUAUUUUAAUAAUUUAUUAGUAUCCCUCGCAUUUAAUGUAUCGAAAUUUUCAUCACACGUCUCCCUUUUUUCAGAACAGGAUCAUUUCACUCAUUAAGGUUUUAUUGUUUUUAUACAUACAUGUAAAACGUUAAUUACCUAUAGAACAAUCCAAUACCGCCUCUCAUAGAAGUGACACAUUUGAGUAACCUUAGUAGAUAUGAAGUACUAACGGAUGUCUCUACAGAAAGCACUUGUUAUGACCGAUGGGUUCCUUUGUUUUUUGAUGACAACAUUUUCACAAGAUGUAAUAGGAUAUCAAUUAUUUUUACUGAAACGUGUUUGUAUAGAACGGGAUCUUGAAAUCUCGACGACGACAAAAAGGUUCCUAUAGAUAAACUAGAAAUAAAUUGCAACAGUAUUUCUUUUUUGUUAGUGACAAGCAUUUAGUUGUUACAAAGAUUAAAGUAAACAGUUCCAUAGUUCUCUCAAAAGAUAUCUCUUUUAAAUUUUAGAUUCACCCAAUCGUGUUUGAAAUGUAUUUUAGUGACGUAAUUUUGCACUUCCUGAAGAGGUUCGAUACUAUUAAUCUCUCUGUACUAUAACACUUGUUAAAAUUUAUUGCUGACUGCACUUGAAAAUACUGCAUAUACGAAAUGCGUAGCAAUGCCAACGUCAAACAAUGAAUAAAAGUACAAAAUACAGAUGCAUACAUUUUUACAAGAACAGAAUAAUUACAAAAGAACUCUUCUUAGACUUUUGUUUCAUUUGAGUCGAUCACGGAGAAUGUUAAAUGGAAAUAAUCAAAUGUUUAAAAAAAGUCAUAAUAAAUAUGAAAGGAAUAUCUACA